GGGGAAGGGAGUCGCAGCAGCAGUAGAGUAGGCAUCCACGCCAUACACAGACAGUGAAUGAAGAGCAGUGUGGCAGACAUCUCUACAGAGGGGGCUUCCAUCAGACGAGGAAACACCCCCUUACACACACGCGCGCAGACACAGUGAGGCAGUGAAAGGACUGUCAGAUGAGGUGAUCCUCUGAGCGGGACUGAAAGGAGAAAGAGGGAGACCUCCUGUGUGUGUUCCUGCCUGUCUUGUGCUCUAAUGAGAGAAGCCAUGCCUGUCCUGUCAGCCAGCACAGGCCUACACGAGAUGCUAGCCCUGCUAACAUCUCAGCUGCACCCGGACGCCAACCACAAAGAGGAUCUGGUCUUCCUCCGAGAAGUUUUCAGCGAGAGGAGCCUCAGCUACCUAAUGAGAAUCCAUGAGCGUCUCAGACAGUAUGAACAUCAGAGCCCUACCCCAGUUCUCCACAGCGCCGCCUGUCUUGCAGAGGAUGUGGCCGAGGAGCUGCAGAAUGGGCCACUGGAAGGAGACGAGAAAGAGCUGCUUAUGCUUCUGACCACUCCACAUGUGAAGGCUGUGCUAACGGUUCAUGACACGGUGGCACAGAAGAACUUUGACCCUGUGCUGCCCCCACUGCCGGACGACCUGGACGAUGAGCUAGAGGAGGAGUCAGUCAAGAUUGUCCGUCUGGUGAAGAAUAAGGAACCGCUGGGGGCAACCAUCCGCAGGGAUGAGGUAACCGGGGCAGUGGUGGUUGCUAGGAUCAUGAGGGGUGGCGCUGCUGACCGCAGUGGGCUGGUGCAUGUGGGGGACGAGCUGAGGGAAGUCAACGGAAACCUAAUCAUCCAUAAGCGACCCGAUGAGAUCAGCCAAAUUUUGUCUCAAUCUCAGGGCUCCAUCACUUUGAAAAUCAUCCCUGCCAUCAAGGAGGAGGACAAACUCAAGGAGAGUACGGUCUAUUUGAGGGCCUUAUUUGACUACUCUCCAUUUGAGGACAAGGCCACGCCCUGUCAGGAGGCAGGACUACCCUUCCAGCAAGGUGACAUCCUGCAGGUGGUCAGUCAGGAUGACUCCACAUGGUGGCAGGCUAAACGUGUCGGGGACAGCAACCUGCGGGCCGGCCUUAUCCCUUCCAGACAAUUCCAGGAGAGGCGGCUGGCACAUAGGAUGAAAAUGGGCACCUAUCAGAGUCCUAAGUCACCAAGAGCACCACCCUACGAUCAAGCUUGUGAUAAAGAGGAUUGUGACUGUGAGGGCAGUAGCAGUGGACAGCACGUAGUUUCUCCGAAGUGUAAGGCGGUGGUGCCCUCCUGUGGCCAGGCCUUUUCCUGGGAGUUCUAUUCAGCUGGUCUCAGGAGAAGUUUCCGUUUGAGCCGUAAGGACCGACAGAGUUCUCCUGGAGAGUCUCGGCCUGCAGAAUCUGGAGAAGCUGAGUUUGUCACCUAUGAAGAGGUGACACGGUAUCAGCAGAAGCCUUCAGAGAAACCCAGGCUGGUGGUGCUGAUCGGGUCUCUUGGGGCUCGGAUCAAUGAACUGAAACAAAAAAUGAUUGCAGAGAACCCUCACCGCUAUGGAGUAGCCGUUCCACACACCACCCGACUCAGGAAGAGCCAUGAAAAAGAGGGCGUGGAGUACCAUUUCAUCUCCAAGCAAGGCUUCGAGGCAGACAUUCAGAGUAACAAGUUCAUUGAGUAUGGGGAGUAUAAAGAUAACCUGUACGGGACGAGUCUGGAGUCCAUCCGUAGUGUACUGGCCAAAAACAAAAUGUGUCUGGUGGAUGUACAACCUGAGGCUCUGAAGAUCUUGCGUACAGCAGAGUUUAAGCCCUAUGUGAUAUUUGUGAAGCCGCACCUACCUGAGGAUUGCCGCCAGCACAGCACAGCUACAUCACCAGGAGGUGGUGACAAUGGUCAGAUCACGGAUGAAGAACUGGCAGAGAUGCGUCACUCAGCAGAACAGAUGGAGCAGCAGUACGGCCACCUGGUGGACAGGGUCAUGGUGAAAGAGGACUCUGUCAGUGCCUGUGUGGAUCUGAGGAAUAUUCUGGAGCGGCUGGAAAGGGAACCGCAGUGGGUGCCAGUCAGCUGGGUCCGGCCGUGACUCUCUGACUACACCGCGUCCUCUGAUGGUGAAGCAACAGAAAUGGAGCAUUUGACCGUCUACAGUGAAACGCUUUUGGACACCUGCAGUUAAAUUAAACCUGUGGAACAUAUUGGUUGCUAGGACUUGCAUGAAUUACCACAUGUACAAUCUGCAUCCAUGGAGACACAAAUAAUACUCCUGACUGCGCCUUUCACAGCUUUUUGUGUUCAGAUUCAGAAAACUAAGAGGCCAAGACUGAUUACUGUAGCCAUGUGAAUAUGUGCUGUUUACUGCAUAUCACUCAAAGCCACUUCAUCAUGAAGGUCUCUUCUGACUUUUUGUAC